AUGAUGAAAAAUGUUACAGGUCUCACACUGUUUACUCUUUCAGGUUUGGAUUUUAAAUUAGAACAAAGAAUUACCCUCUUCUUUCUAACUCUACUGUGGUACUUAAUGAUGCUUUGGGGAAAUAUUGCUCUUAUUGUAGCCAUUAUUAUAGAUAAACAACUCCAUCAGCCAAUGUAUAUCUUCUUGUGUAAUCUAUGCAUCAGUGGGCUGUAUGGAACUGUUGGUUUUUACCCUAAAUUUCUUUUGGAUCUUCUGUCAUCGCAUGUCAUUUCUUAUGCCGGAUGCAUGCUACAAGGUUAUGUAAUACACUCAUCAACUUGCUGUGAUUUAUCCAUUUUAGCUCUGAUGGCAUACGACAGAUACGUGGCAAUAUGUCGCCCUCUUGUUUACCAUUCAGUUAUGACGAAACAGAGAAUCUUCCUCUUUGUACUUUUAACCUGGUUUUUACCUCUGUAUUGUAUGUUUAUGAACACGGCAUCAUUAUUGGGAGUGAGGUUAUGUGGCUUACACAUAAAGAGAAUCUACUGUGUGAACUGGAUGAUAGUUACUCUAGCUUGCUCACCACCCAAAGCAAAUGCUGCGAUCGCAUAUUUUAACAUAAUGUUUUAUUUCGGACAUUUUUUGUUUAUUCUUUGGUCUUACGUUUAUCUGAUAAGAACAUGCAGAGCCUCAAAAGAGAAGUGGGGAAAGUUCAUGCAGACAUGCUUGCCACAUUUGAUCUCCCUGAUUAUUUUUUCGACAGCUGUGCUUUUAGAUUUAUUGUACAUGAGAUUUGGGUCAAUUAAUUUUUCCCAAAACCUCUUUAAUUUUAUGGCAAUACAAUUUCUGCUCAUGCCUCCGAUGGUGAAUCCAAUUGUUUAUGGAUUCAGCCUUACCAAAGUUCGCUGUAAAUUUUUUUAUUUACUUCAUAUUAAAGAGAAAGAUGCAAAGUGUCAUCCAAUGACUUUCCAUAUGAGAGUCAAGCACUCAAACUGA